UCCGAGGACGCCGACCUGGCGCUGACCGCGUCGCAGGUCUCGUGGAUCGUAGCAAUAUUCAACAUUGGCACCAUGGUAGGCUUCAUUACGUCCAGCCACGUCAACCCGCUGCUGGGCACGGUACGCCUGGUCCAGAUCUUCUCGCCACUGGUGGCCGCCGGGUGGAUGCUGAUGGCGUUCGGCGGCAGCUUCUGGGUCAUCCUGGCUGGCCGGGUGCUGGUCGGCGUGUCCAUCGGAGUCUGCUUCGGGCCUUCAAUUACCCAUGUCGGCGAGACCUCGUCAGUGAACGUGCGCGGCUGCCUAGCGUCCUUUCUCAUGGUGGGCAACUGCUUCGGCGUCACGUGCGCCUAUCUCUUCGGGUGGCUGCUGGGCUGGCGACACUCGUGUCUGGUUAUCGGCAUUGGACCAAUGGCACUGCAGUUCCUGACGUCACUGAUGUUUCCACGUUCGGCCAGAUGGCUCGUCUCCAAGGGACAUCCGCUGGAGGAGGCGGAGCGAUCGCUGCGCUUCUACCAUGGCCAGAGCUAUGACGUCGACAAGCAGAUUGAGGACAUCAAGAAGUCGCUAGGUGAUACACACAAGCAUAACGCAACGCUGCUGCAGGGGCUGCGUCUGCUCAAGCACCGGCACAACCUCAUACCGUUCUCCCUGAUUAUCGUCAUGCACGUGUUCUUUGUAUUCUCAGGCGGGCUGACGGCCACCUCCUUCGCGCCGAUCGUCUUCAAAGACGUGGGAGGCUUCACCAACCCGUACCUAGGCUCUAUCCUGCUUGGGGUGGUACGAACGGUCACGGCCGUUUUCUGCGCCAUCGUUAUAGAGAAGGUCAAACGAAAGACGCUGCUGACGAUAAAUGGCAUAGUCGGGGCGGCGGCCUGUCUUGUGUGUGGCUGCUCCUUUUACUACAGCGAGCAGCUGGCCGACUACGGCUGGAUCCCACUGGUCUCCAUCCUCGUCAUCGUUUGCUCCAUGUCCGCCGGCAUCAGUCCUCUGAUGGCCGUCAUGUUCUCGGAGCUGCUGCCCAACGCAAUCCGCACAGAGCUCAGCGGUGCAUGCCUACUCUUUUUCGGCGCUGCCAACUUCGUCAUGAUGUACUCGUUCCCAUUGGCCAUCUCCAGCCUGGGUAUGCACGGAAUGUUUUGGUCUUUCACUGCGAUGCACUUGUUUAUGUUAUUCUUUGCGAUUUUCUGCCUGCCGGACACAAAAGGGAAAUCCAUAGAGGAAAUUCAACAGCUGUUUGUGAAAAACGUCAGCCCUGCAAAUGAACCAGUGCACAUCCAUGUUGAGGAAAACAGGGGAAGAAAACAUGCUGAAACUCUCGAUGCCACGUGCGAGGUCCAUACGGAACACAACACAGCAAACUCGCAAAUGUGAAAGAUUUCUGAAACGCUGGUGCGCGCA